AUGACAGAACAUAUACAGAAUGAAGCUGACAGGGCUUUGAUCAUAGAACAGUUGGUAUAUUGUUCAUCCCAAAGCCUGUGUAGCGUAAGAAAGGUCAAUGAAAGAUUAACGCGUAAGAUUAAUAUCGCGUUUUCUACACCAAUUAAUAAGUCGUUGAGGUUAUUUGAUUCAAUUCACGACUGGUGUGAUGUGAAUGACGAAUAA